AUGUCAUACGGUUAUCCAGGAGGCUACCCACCAGGAGGUCCACCAGGCUACAUGCCACAGCAACCUUACGCUGGAAUGCCACCACCACCAGGCGUGGCAAUCUGCCCCCCAGCACCACCAGGUUAUGGUCAAGCUGCACCAUGGACCCAGUACGGAUACACACGUCCUACCUACUCCUACCCCGACCCAUACAUGAGAACCAACCAAUUCAUCUUGCCCGUUGGCAUCCCACCUCAAUUGGCCGAGCGUAUGAUGCAGGCUUCAGCUGCCUUCCGUAUGUUUGAUACCAACUGGUCGGGUAGACUAAGCAAGAAGGAGUUCAAGAGGGCACUUCUACAUCUUGGCUACUACCUGGGCAAGGGUCAGUCUAGAUUCCUGUUCUGUCAGAUUGACACCAACUACUCUGGAUCAGUCGAUGAGAGAGAGUUCUGUGAGUGGUAUGUCCAUCACACUCCCGCCCCAUACCCCUAUUAA